GUUGAUUGUGUUUCUUUAUACUCAUGCCCUUCAAGUUGCUUCUAGUUCAGAACACAGUAAUUGUAAUUUAUGUUAGCGAUUGAAUUUAGUAAAAAUUUAUUGCGCCGCAGGGUUUCACGUGACGCUAAAAACAUUAAAAUCCCCACCUAACAAAUAUCAUAUGAAAAGAUACCUACAACUCCAACUAGCAAGAGACAGAAACUCAGUCUAAUGAUCUAAUUGGCAAUUUGCAAGUAUUUUGGAGCCUUUUAAUUAUCCAACAGUCAUCAUUCAAGAUAUUAAUAAAUAAUGUCUGAUCAUCAUUCUGAAUAUCUCGUAGCUUCCUUUGAGCCAUCCGAGGCUAAAUUACUUACUAGUACUUCCAAUACUAACCUUUUAAAGGAUUCUCCUAUAUUAGCAUCUGCUUUAUCACAAAUAUUUCCUUAUUUAUUAUUAAUUGACAACUUUUUAGAAAUUGUAACUUGGACUAAUGAUGAUGUUUAUCAAAAUUUUCUUAUUGUUGUGAUUUAUUCAUGUUUGGUCAUGUAUUGGCAAUCAAUAUCAUAUAUUAUUCUACCUAUAAUAUUUUCACUUGUAUUUUCUGGGGUAGUAUGGUCAAUAAGUUCAAUAAUUUAUGAUUCAAAAUAUGAUGAAAAACCUACAAUAGAUGAAGUAUUGCAUACUUUACAUAAUAUUACUAUGAGAUUUGAAAUGAUAAUGGGUCCUGCUCAACAUUUACCCUUUAAAUUUAAGAAUUAUAUUAAAAUAUGUAUAAUGACUAUAAUUUUAACUCCUAUACAUUUAUUAUUAGUUAAAACAAUUAUACCUCCACAAAAGGCUUUAUGGUUUACGGGAAUAUUUAUAUUAGCAUAUCAUUCACCUUGGUCUUAUGCAAUUAGAAGAUUAUUGUGGAGAUCAGUAUAUGUUCGGAUAUUCAUGUUUUAUCUAACUGGAUUAGAUAUUAAAUUAGAAAGAGAUUAUGAUGCUUCGAAGUUUCAAACCGUUUCCAGAGUACAAAGUCCAUCUGGAAGUGAUAUUGAAGAAUUAAACCAAGUACCUUUAUUAACAGACUUUAAAAUUAUUAAAAAAUCUAUUUUAUCACCAACUCAAUUACAACAAAUUGUUUUAUUCGAAUUACUUGAAAAUGAAAGAAGAUGGAUAGGAUUGGGAUGGUCAAAUUUAUUAUUCCCAGGUGAUAGACCAAAUUUUUGUCAUGAAAAAUCAUUAUUACCUGCUCCACCCGUUCAACAUACAAAAGAUGAUUAUCCAUUUCCAAUUUUUGAAAAUGAUCUUUAUACAUAUCUGUGGGAUUGGUUAGAUACAGAUUGGAAGAUAGAUUUAGAAUUCAAUAAAGAGAAAUCAAAAGAUGGUUGGGUAUAUUUUGAUUCCAAUUGGAGUAAUCCAGGAUUUAAAGAUGGAUUUUCAAAGUAUACAAGAUCAAGAAAAUGGAUAAGAAAAGCAAUAUUUAUGAUAGACAAACGACACACAGUUCAUGAUGAAUAAUCCCCUCAAUAAGUGACAACUUAUCUAGACACUAUGUAUGACAUUUAACUAAAAUUAUAUAGCCAAUGUGACGAUAACAUUUCGCAGUCUAACAUGGCCGGAUUUGGCAGGUCUUUUUUUUUUAUUUUUUUUUUUUAUUUUUUUUCAUCCCCG